GCAGAGUGGGAGAUAAGCAAGGCUCAGAGAGAGUCUGGUCCUCUGGGCUCCCUAAACAACCCAGGCGCUGUGGGGCGAGGCUGUUAGCUACCAAGAACAAUGAAACUUCCAGAUAUCACUGCCCAAGUGAAAACUAGGAGUCUGUGGAUUUUCUGAUUCCUCGUCCUUGUCAAGCUUGCUUCAGGAUGUCUGAAGCCUCCAAGGAGGGUGUGGAGACCUGGGGGCUGCUGGUGUCAGGCAAGGCCUGCUUAACAACCAUGGACAAAAAGCUUAAUGUGCUAAAUGAGAAGGUUGACAAACUCUUGCAUUUCCAGGAAGAUGUCACGGAGAAAUUGCAGUAUGUGUACCAAGGCAUGGGCCACCUGGAGCAGGGCCUACACCGCCUGGAGGCCUCUCACAUCCUGGGCCCAGGUGGGGCUGACCAUACUCCUCCAGCUGACGCACAGGCUGGGUGGCCAGAGGUCCUGGAGCUGGUGAGGGCUGUGCGGCAGGAUGCUGCCCAGCAUGGUGCCAGGCUUGAAGCCCUAUUCAGGAUGGUCGUGGCCGUGGACAAGACCAUAGCUUUGGUGGGGGCUGUGUUCCAGAACUCGAAGGUGAUGGAUUUCAUCAUGCAAGGGAGUGUCCCUUGGAGGAAAGGAAGCCUGGCUGAUGGCUCUUCAGAGAACAAAGAUCGAGUGGAAGAGAAAGGAGCAAAACCAAAGCAUGUGCUGAGCACCAGAGCCGUGCAGGCCGAGAUCAGGGGGUCUCAGGAAGAGAGCCAGAAAGAAAACUUGCCAGAGGGGACAGUGGAGACGCUGACUCCCAUCAAUGCUUCAGGGAUAGGAUCUGAUCUUCUCACCCAGGAAGAGGCUUCACUAGGGCAGGCAGAAGUGCCCCCUGGCCACCUGCCGCUGCCCACAGAGGUGGAAGACAAAGUUCCUGGAGCAUUCAUUGAGAACCCUGGGACUGACCUGGAAUUGUCUGCAGCACCCAACAGGGUCAAGGAGGCCCCAACCAGCCAGGAGACUUUACCCAGUACAGCACGAGGAUCAUCAUUCAGCAGGCCUGACUCUCGGCCCACAGAGGCAGGCAUGAGGCUGACUCCAGGGCUGCCAGUCCAGGCCAAGGCAGCUUACAGUGGUGUAGAAACACCUCCGAGGAUCUCCAUCCAUGUGCAGGAAACAGACACCCCUGGGGAGCUGCUUGUGACACGAGGGGGCAGCCUCAGACACAUACCCCCUGAGGAGGCUCCAGCAGCUGCCUAUCCAGGUGAGCAGGACCCACCUGGGCCCACCCCCCAGACCCCUGUGACCAAGAUCCCAAAAGGAGCUGGAAAGAUUUCCCCACUGCGGAAGCAGAGCAGCGAUGAGGGAGCAAAGGCAAAGGAGAAGCAGGGGCCUGGGGCUGAGUCCACCAUGGGACCAAGAGGGGCCAGGAGGAACAUGGGAGACCAUGCUGGAUCCCUGGGCCGGCAGCAGGACAAAGACCCAGGGACAGGACACCCUGAUCCUGGAAAGGACUGCACAUCCAGAGGCAUGGGCAGAGCUGAAGCAGGAAGGAAGACCCCCCUGGGAGCCGAGGCUGGCAGCGUGGUUCUGGAUGACAGUCCAGCCCCACCAGCCCCUUUUGAACACCGCGUGGUGAGUGUCAAGGAGACCGCGACCUCAGCAGUUUACACAGUGUGCCAGCAUGACGUCUUGGGAGGGGGCCGGUUUGGCCAGGUCCACAGGUGCACAGAGAAGUCCACAGGCCUCUCACUGGCAGCUAAGAUCAUCAAAGUGAAGAGUCCCAAGGACCGGGAGGAUGUGAAGAAUGAGGUCUACAUCAUGAACCAGCUCAGCCACGUGAACCUGAUCCAGCUCUAUGAUGCCUUUGAAAGCAAGAACAGCUUUACCCUCGUCAUGGAAUAUGUGGAUGGAGGUGAACUCUUUGACCGGAUCACAGAGGAGAAGUACCAGCUGACUGAACUGGAUGUGAUCUUGUUCACCAAGCAGAUCUGCGAGGGUGUGCAUUACCUCCAUCAGCACUAUAUCCUGCACUUGGACCUCAAGCCGGAGAACAUACUGUGUGUCAAUCAGACAGGACAUCAAAUUAAGAUCAUUGACUUUGGGCUGGCCAGAAGGUACAAGCCUCGGGAGAAGCUUAAGGUGAACUUCGGCACUCCAGAGUUCCUGGCCCCAGAAGUCGUCAACUACGAAUUUGUGUCCUUCCCUACAGACAUGUGGAGUGUGGGGGUCAUUACCUACAUGCUACUCAGUGGUUUAUCCCCAUUUCUAGGGGAAACAGAUGCAGAGACCAUGAAUUUCAUUGUGAACUGUAGCUGGGAGUUUGACGCUGACACCUUUGAAGGGCUGUCAGAAGAGGCCAAGGACUUUGUUUCCCGCCUGCUGGUCAAAGAGAAGAGCUGCAGAAUGAGUGCCACGCAGUGCCUGAAACAUGAGUGGUUGAAUAAUUUGCCUGCCAAAGCUUCAAAAUCCAAAGUUUGUCUCAAAUCCCAAUUAUUACUGCAGAAAUACAUGGCUCAGAGGAAAUGGAAGAAACAUUUCUACGUGGUGACUGCUGCCAACAGGCUAAGGAAAUUUCCAACUUGUCCCUAAUUCUCAACUCGGCUGCUCCCAUGGGCCCAGAAGUUAUGGACUGGUGGUGAAGUGAGACUCAAGAUUUUUAACAAUCCAGUCUUGUAAUGAUAUUGAUUUCAUCUUUUUUGUAAAGAAAGGUUAUGGCUGUUGCCUUCCUUGUGGGUGAAAAGUGGCUGUAAGGAAAGUGACCCGACCUUUUUUUUUCUGCCUUGUAAGAUCAUACUAAGUUGAAAUGCUGUGUUUACUUCUCAAGUACACCUACUUUUGGUGAUAAGUGUAGGCAUGCUUUAGGUAGGUAGGAAAGCUUCUACUUUGUAUAUGUCAAAUUUAAAGUCUAAGCUUACUCUGAUUAGAGAACUCAGUAGACUGUUACACAGGGGUAUGUUAUGCAGCGUUAUCUCCUCCAGUACAAAGAAUUCCUAGAAUUUUGAUUUGCUCAAGUGUGAGCUGACAUUUUAUUGUACUACCCUGUUCUUGUGGAAAGCAAUGUAGAUUUAGGGGUAGUGAUCCUCAAAUUUGUUUUAACUUGUGCUCUGUUUUGGGAAUCAAACCAUGCAUCCUUUAAUAUUCUUUGAAACUUCAAAAUAUACCAUAUCAACUGUCAUGGCUAAAUCAGAACAAUGAUCAUUUUGAAUGUGCUUUUUAAAUCCAUACACAUCUCCACCCUCUCCUAAGUGGUCCUAUUCUGGCACUGGUAGUCUCACUUCUGAACUCCCUUCCUCAGUUAUGGAUUUAUGGUCUAGGAAGUCUGGACACUGAUAUGCAAUAUGUAAAAGAGAUAUAAGAGUGUAAAAUGAUUUUCAGUCUUCUGAGAGAAACACAAAAUGAUACAUCAUGAGACAAUAAACUGCUGUUCUACUGUUUUAUGGAUA